AAUCCUCAAGCACAGGGGUUAUAACGACCACGAGCCCCACAAAUCAAGCCCUCCAAAAUACAAACCCAAAUGAGUUCUUACUUUGUAAACUCGUUCUCAGGACGCUAUCCUAAUGCCCCAGACUAUCAGCUGUUAAAUUAUGGGGCCGGCAGUUCCAUGAACGGAUCUUAUAGAGAUCCAGGCAACAUGCACGCCGGCUCUUACGGGGGAUACAACUACAAUGGAAUGGAUCUGAGCAUCAGCCGAUCAUCCUCCUCCUCCAGCCACUUUGGAGCGGUUGGGGAGAGCUCUCGCGCCUUCUCUGCCCAAGCAGCGCCCGAAAACAGGUUCAGACAAGCGUCCAGCUGCUCCUUGUCUUCUCCCGAAUCCCUCCCUUGCACCAGCAGUUCCAGCAGCACCAGCACCAGCAGCGGCGGCGGCGGUGGCGGCAGCAGCGGCGGCGGCGGCGGUGGUGGCGAAAGCCAUGGAGGCAAGGCAGCCGGGUCCUCCCCUGCCGACCAGGCAGCCUCUGUCGGCGCGGCUAGCGCCACCGUGUUUGCUGAGAUAGACGAGACCAGCGCGUCCUCGGGGCCCGAAGAGAGCGGCUCCCAAGUCAACAGCAACGGCGCCCGAGCUCAGGCAGAGCCGAUCGCCACCACCACGCCGGCCACGGAAGGACAAAGCCCGCAGAUAUUCCCCUGGAUGCGAAAGCUUCACAUUAGCCACGAUAUGACCGGACCGGAUGGCAAACGAGCCCGAACGGCGUAUACUCGCUACCAGACCUUGGAGCUGGAGAAGGAGUUUCACUUUAACCGCUACCUCACCCGCAGAAGGCGAAUAGAAAUAGCCCACGCUUUGUGUCUCUCCGAAAGACAGAUAAAAAUCUGGUUCCAAAACAGGCGAAUGAAGUGGAAGAAAGAUAACAAACUCAAAAGUAUGAGCUUAGCAUCUGGUGGUAGUGCUUUUCAACCAUAAAUUAUAUCAAGGUGGAAUAUUAAGAAAUAGAAAAGAGGGGCAGGAAGUAAGAAAGUUUAAAACAAGCAAGCAAAUGAAAAGCAACAGCCAGAUUUGUUUUUGUUAAGUUGGAGUACUGUAAAGUGAAGCACUUUCCAUUCAGCAUGCUGUUGAUUUUUUAAUUAUUAUUAUUAUUAAUUAUUAUUAAUAAUAAUAAACAAUUUCAUGGGUACUAUUAUUCCAGGAUUGUGUCUUUUGCUGCAAUCACCCCCUUUAAAUUAAAAGAUAAAAUCCAGAGGCUUCUUUGAUGCUUUAGAUGUUUUAAAUGUUUGUGUCCGUGCUAUAAUGAUGCUUUCUGGAAAAAGUUAGCAUGUCCUUUUCUUUUCUCUUUUCUUUCUUUUAAUGUGCUUUUUAAAUGUUAUAACUUAUUUAUAAGCCAGUAUGGGGAAAGAAAGAUGGGUUCUUAAAAGUUCACAACUUUAUGUGGAACCCUACAUCUUUUCCUUCUACUCUCACGUUGAGGGGCUCCUGCAGUUCACUAGCAGGAAGAAAAAAAAAGAAAGAAAAUUAAAAACCAUCAACUCAACAAACCCUUUUCUUAAAAAAAAAAACCAGUAUAUCUCUCUAUAUAAGCUCAUGUAUCUGUCUUUGAAAUUGUCAAGUCUGUGAUUUGAUUCCUGGCCUUGUUUUUAUCACAGGCCAGUUCUGCAACUUUCCUUCUUUCUUUUUUAAAUAAAUGUGAGUGAAGUUCACUUUAAAA